AUGCUGCCACCGCUGCUCUGGACGCUGCUGCUCCUAAUCGUCGCGCUCGCCGAAGCCCGGUGCUUUUGCCCGCCGAUCUGCAGCUUCCCACCCUGCGGGUCGUCGGCCAGCGGCUACGAGCGCAGCUCGUGCAACGACCUUGAGGCCCAAUCCGAGUGCAACCGCGCCAACGCCAUGGUCACCGACAUGGUCAAUUCGGCUGGCAUCAACGCCGACAACUUCCUCAAGGGACUCUUGCUCCGGAACGCGACGGUCUCGGCGCUGCAAGCCUCGUACCUCCGGUCCAAGCUCUCGGAAGCCUUCGAGUGGGGCAAGCCCAUCGGCGACUGCUCCGACGGCCUCGCGACCAACACGCACCUCGCCAGUGUGAACGACAUUUGUUUUUCGAUGCCGCUCUUCCAGCAGUGCGACGCGCUGGCAAAGUCUGUGCCGCAGUACUUUAGCAACAUCCACAACGUCCUCGCCGACCGGUUGCUCGCAGACGGCGCCACCAGCCCCGUGCCCGGCAUCGUCGAGCAAGGCAAGCUGACAGCAGUUGCGGCCGAGCUCGUCGCCGCCGUGAAGAACCGAGAUACGAUCCAGCGCGAGUCCAACAAGAUCCGCUGUCAAGGCUACAACUCUACCGUCGACAUCAUUCGCAAAUCCAGGAGCACCGUCACAACACUCUCUCUCGUCACAGCCACGCUUGCCGUCAUGACUACGUUUAAUCUGUAA